UUCAUACUGGACCCCUAGUUUCACUUUGAAUCUCAGACAGCGCAUCAUACACAUUCAUUUUGCUCGCCAAAGUAAUGGACAAGAAAAAGUAGGAAUCUGGAGCUAAUAUGUCAUCUAUGGCCCAAAGGAACCCAAUUCUCGAGAGUUCAUCUUUCCCCAUCCUCUGGUAUAAAUACCCAAGUCACCUGUCCAUUUCCUCAUAAGUUGUACAAGUCCCCUCAAACAUUACUCUUAUCGUCAUAGGGUCUCCCUUGAUCUCAUAUACAUAAUUCUUUUGUCCUUCUGUUUGUGGUGAAGGCUCUAUUAUUUUUCUUCCUCCAAUCAUGAUUGCAGUAAGUAUAGAACUUACAUGCGCAUUGCUUAUUGUUUUGAACAGGUAAUAUAGUCUUCUUCAGCUUACAACUAUGAUGGCAUGUCCGGGGCAGCAGGGCAUCCUUUCCAUCUUAGACUCUGAUUGCAAAACAAUAAAAAAUAAUUCACUACGCAAGACUUUGUCUGCUGAUAUGUUGUCCAAAAAAUGGUUGCCAGAGAACAAACUCUCUGUUUUCGAUUCUUACUCACAAGGCAAUAGACAAGAUCAAGAGGAUGAAGAGAGGAGAGUUCUGGAGGAUCAGAGCAGAGUGGAUAGCAGUUGGAGCUCUAUGCUAACUCAAAAGGCUGAAAAUGAAGAGCCCACCAAGUCUUCACUUCCACCUCCAUAUGUUCACCCUCUUGUGAAGAAGUCUGCAAGUUCUUUGAGCAGCAAGAGUCUCGAGGUUUGUACUGAGAGCCUUGGUUCUGAGACAGGCUCCGAGAAGUUCUUCCCAUCUUCUCCCUCAGAGUUGGAAUGCAACAUCAGACAGGAAGGUGAGGAACUCGAAGAGAAGCAUGAGACACCUACACAAAUUUCUGAUACAGAUAAGACGUGCUUUGAAAAGUACGAAGUUGGAAUUGGGAAGAGAAGACGGGAUCAACAUCAGUCAUUCCCUCCUCCACUUCCUUCCCUUUUUUAUCACCAACAGGGGGCAUCUCUUCACAUGAGCUCCCGUCGGGAUUGUGGAAGGUUAGUCCUCAAAGCUGUCUCUGUGUCAUCUCCGAACAACUUCCAAGCCCAACGAGAGGAAGGCCGCCUUGUUCUUGGUUUCUCCGGUUGUCCAAUCUCUGACUUGGGAAGCAAAAUUGAGGAAGAAGAAAUCGGUGAAGAGAGUGAUGAGAUGGUGGAGGAGCUUGAUGAAGGGUUUUGGAACUCUGUUCAGAAUAAUAAAGAGAAGGACGAGGAGACUGAAGAUGAUGAUCAAGUGGAAGAGCAACAGCAAAUAGAGACCGAGACUCCACGUGGGUCAAUCAAUGUUGGCCAAAUGCUGCUGAGGACAAAUAAGCCAAUUACAGUUCCACAAUCUCUUCCGCUGCUGCCUAGGGCUGCAGAAAUGGCAUCUCCACCACCAGCGCCAGCGGAGGCAGCAGCUGCUUCUUUCAGUGGACACCAGAUGCUCCGUCAGCAUCCACGCAUCAGAAACUGUAGCACAAGAGAAGAGGAAGAUGAGCCCCUCUCUGAAGGGAAGAAGAGGAUGUGCUUGGAAUUGGCUCCUCUGUCUAGGGGCUGCAGUGAGCAGCGGAGAUCUGUCCUGUUCUGUCGGCCCCGAGGGAUUCUCACAGCUUAAAUUGAAGCAUUCCAAUGUUUAAGUAUACUCAUGAAUCUUAUCUUUGAUUUUGUAUUCCAGCACUUGAAAAGAGUUUAUGUGAUCAAAUAAUGUGCUUAAUUCGAAUUCAGUGAA